GCCUAUGAGGUCGGUGAAAACCACCAUACGCCAUUACGACAAAGGUGUAGCCGACAAAAUGUUAUUGCAUUUGGACGUAAUUUUGCAAGAACGGUGUAAGAAGUAACAUUCAUUGUUGGAUUAUCAAACAACGAGAUAUUUUUCUUCGAUAAGAAACGUGCUAAAUGGCAUUUACUAACAGUGUAAAACAUAUUUUCAUCGAAACGAUGUUCGUUAGGAACUGACAAAAUAUCGGGAAAACAAACGUACAGGGACGUGGCCCUGGUCACGUGGUUUGCGGCAAAAGUUGGAAUUAUUCAAGGUUGUUUAAAUAUUCGACUAAUGCGUUCAAUGACAUCUUGUGAUUUAUUGACUGUUGUUAAACAUGAGACUUUCCGCGGAAGAGGCAGCGCUUGUCAUUCUUGCAAAAUGAUAUGCAUCGAGAAAGCGUCUUGAUAAGUUUAUAGCCAAUAGUCGAUACGAUAAAGUCACGUGUUUUUGUUUGGGUCACAAUUGUGUACAUUGUACAUCAGAUGUUUACUAACACCUGUUAGAGGAUAGUGUUUUGAGAUAGUUUUAACUUUGAUAUUGAUUGGUAGAAGCAUACUUUCCGACUGUUUGUCUUGGAGGAGAGGUUGAAUGACGAAAUGAUGUAAAUGUCAGCCCAAUUGUCCUUGAGACUAUGUUGUUAACUUGCAAUGGCUCCCGCUCUUACAGAAACAACAGGUCAGUCAUGUAUACAGCUGCCCGGUAGCACUCCAACAGCAAUAUCUGACAGUCUUAUAAAUAACAAUAAUCACAAUAUCACUGAUACGAACGGUUUUUACCAAUACUCUAAGAAAAUUGACAUUUCGUUAGUUAGAUCUAGUUCGCCGUCUUUCACAAGUGAAACCAAAACACCGCAUGGUGUUUUGGCACCAUUGCUUAAACAGCAGACUUACAUUAACGGUAAAGUUAAUAAAGGAUUACAGGACAACUGGCUUCAAAGUAUUCCAGACAUUGUGCGUCAGUUUGAGAAGAAAGCUGAUAAAAUUUACCCUAGUUUUGUUUUGAAAAAGAUGAACCAACCCUCGAAUGAAAAUGGACCGAACGGAACUGGAAAAAGGUUUCUGAAGCAGACUUCCUUGAUAGAAGAAAAGGCGUUAAACGGACAUGCUGCUAAAAAUUGUGAAGAUAGGAAUGUUACCAAGAGACUAAAUCAUGUAAAUGGUAAGAACUACAUUGGAUCAAACGGUGAAACAUCUUUGGUAAACUUACAACAUAAAAGUGCAAACAUGUGUCAGAUAACAGAUUCAGGAAGUGGAAAACCAGCUUUUGCCGCUGCAAGUAGUUCUCAACAAAGAGGAAAUGACUUAGCAUUGAAAGGAAGUGGUGUUAAAAUAUUCAUAGAGUCAAAUCUAAAAGUGCAAGAGACUGAACAGACCGAUCCAACACCAGCUGAUCUAGUGAAAGAUGCAAGCCGAAAGCAGCACAUGUUGGAACGCAAAAGUCAGUUUCUCAUUCGCCGAUUGCGGCGUUUGCAAGGUCGACAGCUGGAUAACCAGGUUUCAUCACAGCUGAAGUCAUUUGUUCAUUUUCAACACCAGAACUUACAAGUUGUGGCAACCAAAGCCAUUCGCCCAUGGAGCGAAGGUGUUAGCAAUAGUUUCUUUAAUAGCAAUGACGUUAAAAAUUUAUCCACUUCAAAUCUAGUGACUUUAGUACGCAAAUUGCAGGCAUCACAACCCAAACCUCUACAUGACAUUGCAAAGAAAAAUAAUCGUAAAGGUGUACUUGUGAUGGAGAAGUCUGUGUCUUCCGAGUCAGAAAGGAAGUCUGGUCAGUUAAGAAUGAAUGUUAGGCACUGGAACGAUGCAGUGGAUGAGGAAGCGACUGAAAGCAGCUCUGGUGGAGAGAGCUGUGAGGAAUGGGAAGACUGCCCGGUUAUGUCUGACAAGAAGGCCCCCAUUCCUCUGUACAAGCGUUCAGAGUGGAAAUGGGCCGUUGACAGGGCAGCUAUUGUGGCCCGGUGGACUUGGCUCCAGGCUCAAGUGUCGGAUUUGGAAUACCGGAUUCGACAACAGAGUGAAAUUUACAAAACAAUACGCUCGAGUAAAGGUGUUGUGACUUUGUGUGAUGUGCCCCAGACGCCGUUUUUACCGUCAGGAGACAUGGGGUUUAUCAGAAAUUCUGAUAUGUCACCUGCAAACAUAGCAUCUCUCAUGAUCAAUGUGAACAAGCAAGCCUCUAAGCUAUCACAAUCUCUAGGACCUUGUCUUUCACCUGCCACCCCUCAGCAGGAUUCCCUUAGUGCGCGACUAGGAAAGGACGCUGCAAAGUCAUUGAAUGGCUAUGUAGAGUCCUCUCACAGACCACAAACUAUCAUCUCUGCCUCUGUGACUUUCUCAGGGGAUAGUUCCACGUCAUCUCCCGAUCUCAAUAGUGCUGCAUUGGAAGCUUCUUGUGUUGCUGCGCGGUGCCGACCUGUUCGCUUUGAUAGAAAGCGGAAACUGUUACGUACGACUGGCUUACAUCACUUUAAUCACAAAGCUGCGCGACUGUCGAGUGUAAACUGUCAGUGCUACCCCCCAGUUAUGCCGUGUCCCAUGUGUGGUGGGCGCUACAAUAAUAUGCAGAAACUGGACGCAGAAAGCAUGCCUAUCACUGAGAAAGUGUCGCUUCUGGACCCAUCUUAUCACCCUGUUCUUUCAUUCCCACAAGAAAUUGGACUGCCUCUGCACUUUGAAGCGCUACUGAAGAGUGGAGAAUGGCAGUCAACAAAGGCACAGCCUAAACUAACACUGCGCUCCAUUGCUGCAGAAAAAAGGAGGCAGAAGCAGUUGAAUGCUCAGAUGAAGGACCAGGUGAGGAAGAACAGGAAGAAGUACAACAAGACUGCUGCAGCUGUGCUCCUCUCAUCAGCUAAGCUACGCAGCAAGUACGAAGGCAAGUCCCCCAGCAAGAUGGCUAAGAAGAUCACUGGUGAGUCACUGCUUCGACGCACCGAGAUCAAGAAACGCAAGGCACAAAUGGCUGCAGCCUCUCUUCGGAAGACGUCCUAUGUCCAUGGUGACACAGAUAUGGAGAGUGUGGGAUCACUGGGGCAGGCCAUGUCUCCCUCCCCACAGAACAAGGACGGCUCUUUGUCAUUCAGUGCAUCGUCAUCAUCACUGAAGGACAUGAAGGAAGCCAGAAAGAAGCGCUUUGAGAAUGCCUACGACAUCAACAACAUUGUGAUUCCCUAUAGUAUGGCUGCAUCUACUCGGGUGGAGAAACUGCAGUACAAGGAGAUACAGACACCAAAGUGGCGUGAGGUAGAUGGGCUCGAGGAGACUGAUCUGGAGACCUCAGAGGCUGAGGACGUAACAGACGAAGCAUUUACUGUCCGGCACGAUGUCCCCGAGGCAGAGGAGCGUAAACGUUUCCGUAACUUCAUCACGUACCCACCAGUCCGACGCAGUCGCACGUCACGCGAGAGCGAAAGCAACAAUACAGAGAACUUUGCCGUGGACUGCCCACUCGGGGAGUCCUUUUCCAGUAUGGACUUGCAGGCUGCAGGAUUCUCGUUCUCUGGACUGAAGGAAGACGGCAGGAGGAGGAGUGGGUCCACGUCAAGGCGGGGCAGCUUUAUGGAGGAGUUUGGGGUGGGGUUAGGUGGCCAGGAAUACUUGUUUGACAGUUGGCGAUCAGAGCCGUUUCCGGAGAGAAUUUUUCCGCUGGAUGAGACGAUGUACGAGAAAAUGAAGCAGGAACAGUUGACGGCAAGCCGGACAAAGAACAAAUACCGCAGGCGACGGACCGUGAAAUUGCAGGACGACCCGGCGAUGGAGUUUGUAAGUCCUGAAGUGGAAGCGACUGAGGAUUUACCAUAUGUUGAUGUGGCCUCACCGGGGUACUCUGGUUCAACUGAUUCCAAUAUGGAGGAUUUCAAUGAUCCAGAGUGGAAUGAGGGUCAAGGGGAGAGGAGAUCAUCUUUGAGCACGAAGCAUUCCAAACGAUGAAACAUGCUAAUGUUUAAUGGUUGACGUGAUGAUGCAUGAUGGGACCGGAGUGACGAGUGUUAGUACCCGAUUGGAAAGAAUCCCAGGUUGUGUUGCAUGAUGUUGUCAAGGUUUUGUAGUUUGAGCCAUUGUACACAUAGGAUGUUAAUGAAUGAAUAUAGUCGUUAUCUGGGAACACUGGGUUUAAUGCAUGUGGCGAAAGUGUCCUCCCUGAUUGGCCAGUGCGGACUGCACAGGCUAAAGAGAGAAGACACUUAAUGCACGUGCAUGAAGCUUUCCCACAAUGCGUCUCGAUCUGAGGUUGGAGGAUGGCUUUGCAGUUUUAUGCGUUAUACAUACGUCUUGUAAGGGAAUGAAUCGUUUCUUUCCUGAACUGUCCGGAGUUGUUUAUGUGUUGCGGUCAAAAUAUGUUGAAAGCCCGAGCAAAAUAGUUACUAGUAUGUUACAUUUAAUUCAUUGUUAAAAACCAUGCUGUGAUCUUGAAGUUAGACCAAUGUUGUUUUUUUUAUAAGUCCAAUUAUGUGAUAGAUCGAAUGAAUGCAAACAGAAGUUGAAUUGGCGAUUGCCAUUCCAGUUGUUCUUUUGUGAAUCAAAUAUAUUUUUAAUUGAAUUGCUGGUUAAAAUUAUUUAAGGACUUUACAAAAAAAAUGUGUUGCCGAAUUUCAUAAUGUCAAGUUGACAGUAUAAAUAUUUUACAUAAACUGAUUGGGCUAUGAUGUUUAAUAGUUGCCUGAAACAGUUUCAUCCCAACAACGUGUAAUAUAUGAGUUUUACCUUUAUUUUCACUUACAAAUCCAGGAAAUAAACACAUACAACUUGCGCCGAUGUUUAUUUCAGAAUCAUGAAGUUAAAACUUUGGAAGUACAUUCUUGUAUUACUUGAUGUAUAUAGUUGUUAAAUGUGUAAUAUAUGUAUAUAUAGAUUAUUUUUAAUGUGUCAAAUAUUGUUGACAAUUUGUGUUUCUUCUCAACGUUUUGUACGUAAUUUUUAAUUGUCAAUCAUUGAAAAAAAUAUAAAAAGAACAUCUGUUCAUAUGUACAUGAUGCUAUGUAGUUCUGGUCUGUGUAACUUUGUUGUUAAAUAUAAUUAUGAAAAAACAAACAAUCACCAUUUUUAAAGAUCCCUUGUUUGAUUGAAGUUAAUUAAGAGCCUGUGUCAUUCCAGUGAUAGUCUUGCUUAUAUCAUUGGUCAUGCAUUGAAAAAACUUCUAUGUUUGGGAAAAAACAGAUAUGACCCGUCAUGUGAAAAUGGGUCUUAGGCCACAUAUGUUCGACGUCGUACCAAACCAGCCUGUGCAUACACUUUUAUGGUGGAUAUGGUAGCUCCUGACAAGACUGCAUGUAUUUGAAAGAACAAAUUGUAGUCCUACUAUAUUUUCAGAGUUCAUUGAAGUUUGAACAUUACAUGCAGAAGAAAUCCAUUCUACAACAUUCCAGAUAUUAUUGGUUUAUAAAUAAGAGUACUCUGUGUGUGGUUAGAUUGAUAUUCUCAUUUAUAAUGAACAUCUUGUGAAAAUGGAAGCUUAAAUUAAUAGAUGGAGUUUUUAUGCCAUGCCGUGCUUUGAAUUUCUUUUAAUAAUGAAUGAAAAGAUCUUUUUGACCAAUUGCACUCGCCAAUUCAAAUCCAUUUUAAACAACCAUGUAGCAUGUACAUGAAGUUGGUGUAAAUGCAGCCUUAAGUUUUCAUAAUUUGUAUGCAUUUUCCUUUUGGUUGUAGCCUUUACUUUACUGUAUGAACCGGUUUCUGGGAAAUCCGGGCUUAAUGAAAGUGCGUUAAGUGUCAUCUCAAAUCAGCCUGUCCAGUCUGCAGAGGCAAAUCAGGGAUGACAUCUUCUACUUUAAUACAUUUUUUUCUCUUCAGAGGAUAAAUACAGUGAAGACAGAAAGUGUCAUACCUGAUUAGGCUGUGCGUACUGCACAUGUAUCUCGAACAUCACUAUGCUCAUUUAAUAAGCCCCGUAUUCCCAGAGAGAGGUUGACUUGUGUUCUCUAGUGUUGUAAUAAUUAUUCUCUGUGAACAAACAAGAAAACAAGUGCUAUUAUUACACAUUAUACUUACUUUUAUUAACCAUAAUAUUGUUUACUGUUAAAUGUCUUUAAAAAAAAAGAAGUAUUGCAUAUUUUUGUUGCAUAUUCUGUUAAUUACAUAUAUAAUUUUUGAUUAACAUUUUAAGUGUAUUUUCUGUAAUAUGUUUGCUGAGGCAUUUAUAUUCAAAGCCCAGAACAUUUGAUGUGGAUUUUUAGAUGAAACCAUUAAAAAAAAAUUUGAGAAUAGAUACUGUAUACAUUUUAAAACAUAUUGAUGUUUAAUGAAGCUACCACAAUCAAAAUGCCUUUGCUUUUGCUUAGUUACAACUUACAAGUCUUUUUUAAAGACUAAUUCACGUUUAUCUCAUGUUAUCAAUAUAUCAUUCCAACAUUUAGUAUUCUAGAAUAAUGUUAUUUCUAAAUUCUGUGCUUAGAUUUAAUAGAUGGAAUAACAAAACGACUAACUGGCAGAAUUUCAUUUGGUCAAAUGGGCUUCAAUUUUUGUUUCGAAGUUUUCUUUUUGUCUAUAUACUUGUUAGUUUUAAUUGUUGAAUAUAUAAAUUACCAAUCAUGUUUAAGUCCCUGUAAUCCUGUGUUACAGAAUUUCUGUAAUUAUGCCAUAGCAUUCUUCAUAAAGGGGUGGCGAAACAAAAUGUCCAUAUUGUUCAGCUUGUAUCAUAGUUUUUUCAGACAAAUUUGUACAAGAAAUUACCACUUAUACAACAUAUGCAAGAAAUUACCACUUUCACUACCUAUGAUGCGCGUCUUGUGAAAAACAACAAAUGCAUGUGCAGGAAAUUUCGUCCCAGAUGGGACUGUGCAGUCUGCCUCGGCUAAUCAGGGAGGACACUUUCUGCUUUUAUGGAAAUGUCAGUUUAACGGAAGUCUCUUCUAAACGAAAUUCCAGUGAAGGCGGAAAGUAUCCUCACUGAUUAGCCUGUGCAGACUGUACAGGCUCAUCUGGGAUGGCAUUUAACACACAUGCAUCACGCAGUUUCCAAGAACGAGGCGCUAGUUGUUGCAGACACUGUUAGGAAAUAUGGACAAACAAGCUGAACAGUGUCAACUUUUGCUAAAGCCGCUCAUUUGUUAUGAAAUAAUCUCUGAAACUAUAUUCUAUUAUACAGUGCAAUUAAAUGCUGAAAAUAAG